CGGGUUACAAUGGAUUCACUGAUGAUCCAAAGGGUGUGGUAAAAAUAUGGGAUAUUAAUAGUAGGAAAAAGGAGUGCAGUCAUAAGUGUCCGUUUACUUGUAGUGUGAGUUGUAUCGAUGUCUCGAAAAAUGGAAAUUGGGUAGCAUGCGGGACUACUGGAAUCGGAAACGAUCUAGGAGAUGGAUCAAUGUGGAUUUGGGACAUCCGCAGUCAAAGUAGAACCGAAACGAUAUGUGAAGAAAAAGAUGCAAAUGUGAUUGCUAUUUCGCCGAACGAUUUCUACAUAGCCUUGGGAGGAACUUCGAAUUCUGUUUACGUAUUUGACACAAGACAAUUAAAUUCGAUUCUUCGCGUUCUUCGACACGAAAAUCCAAAUGAUGGUCUUCCUCAUGAUGGCGUAAUGUCGUUACAAUGGGUACCCGGCAGUAAUAUUUUAAUUAGCGGUGGAAACGAUAAUUGCGUAAAAGUUUGGAAUAUUGGAGACUAUAAAGAGAACAGAAUGAUUUAUCAAUUCACAAACCAUGAUAGUCCCGUUACUUCUAUCAGAUUGUCUCCAGAUUUUAAGGUUAUGACGGUUGGUGUGUCAACUG